AUGUGCUACGAUUUGCUUGGGAUCGAAAACGAUGUGUAUCGGUACGAAACCGGCGGAAAUGACAGUAUCGAGAAGGAGGUGCUUUUGGAUGAGAACGAUGAUCUGUGGGUCGACACCCGCCGUCAUAAACACAUCGCUGUCACAAAAGGUCUGAAGAAGUUCAGUGAUACGAAAGCAGGUUUCAAGGCAGACGCAAAAUCCAUCAAAGACUUGUCCAUGAUGAUCAAAAAGAUGCCACAGCAUCAGAAAGAACUGAAUAAAUUCAGUACUCACUUUCACUUGGCUGAAGAAUGCAUGCGACAGUACCAAAGCGGAGUAGAUAAGUUGUGUAAAGUGGAACAGGAUCUCGCUACGCAAAUUGACGCUGAAGGAGAACGCGUGAAGGAUCCGAUGAAACUGAUGGUGCCGUUACUGAUCGACCCUGUUGUGAAGACUGAGGAUAGACUGAGACUCAUCCUUCUAUACAUUCUCAGUAAAAACGGAAUUACUGACGAGAAUUUGAACAAGCUUCUUCAACAUGCCAACAUUGCCAUGGCUGAAAAGGAAACGAUAACGAAUGCAGCUUUCCUAGGAUUGAAUAUUACAACGGAUCAAGGUAGGAAAAAGGUAUGGACCCCAGUGCGUAAAGAGCGACCCAACGAACAGGUAUACCAAUCUUCGCGAUGGGUUCCAGCGCUGAAAGAUAUAAUGGAAGAUGCAAUUGACGAUAAACUUGACACAAAACAUUUCCCAUUCCUUGCCGGUCGUCAGACUAACCAACCAUUCAGAGCGCCAACUUCUGCACGUUAUGGGCAAUGGCACAAGGAACGUGGCCAACAGGCUCAGUACCGUAGUGGUCCUCGUUUGAUUGUGUUCGUUAUUGGAGGGCUGACAUACUCUGAAAUGCGUGCAGCAUAUGAAGUCACUCAAGCUAAAAAGCCGUGGGAGGUUAUCAUAGGCUCCGAUCAGAUCAUUACUCCAGAAAAAUUUUUGAGCAAUCUCCGCGACUUGAAUAAGCCCAGAGAGCAAUGA